AACCAAAACCCUAGUUGCUCGAUUCAGGUGAAGGAGAAGAUGGCGACGGUACCAGGGCAGCUCGUGUGGGAAAUCGUGAAGAACAACAAUUCAUUUUUGGUGAAAGAGUUUGGUAAUGGCACUCAGAGCGUUCGAUUCAGCAGAGAGAGCAACAAUCUCUACAACCUCAACUCUUUCAAGUACUCUGGCUUGGCAAACAUGAAAACUGUUACCAUUCAGCCUGUGGGUAAAGAUCUGUCUGUGUUGUUGGGUACCACCAAGACAAAGAAACAAAACAAGCCUGCUGCUUUGCUUCACAAGUCUGUCAUGAAGAAGGAGUUCAGGAGGAUGGCAAAGGCUGUCCAAAAUCAGGUGGUGGAUAAUCAUUACAGGCCUGAUCUCAAGAAGGCAGCUCUUGCAAGGUUGAGUGCCGUUAACAGAAGCCUCAGAGUUGCCAAGUCUGGUGUCAAGAAGAGGAACAGACAGGCCGUGAAGGUCCGUGGUAGGAAGUGAAACUGAAUUGAGAAGAGUUAUGUUGCUUUCAACCCUCGUUUUUGUCCCCUCUUAUUUUUGUUUCUAGAACUCCAUUCUAGAUUUCCUGUGUUGUUUUUGAAAUGCAAUUAUUUUUUAUUUAGUAUUCAAUAUAAAACUGGAACUAGCAUGUUAUAGCUUUCAAUGAUAAUCGCAUUUUGGUUGUUGA